AUGAUUUACCGCGACAUUGACUUGAAGAGUGUACCGAGACCCAAAAGUGCAGUUUACCGUGACCAGUCGAAGAAAGUCAAGUUCAGUCUUGGUGCCAGGCUGCGUGAAACGGGAGAGAUGUUCGUUGUUCCCGACUGCCAUCACAAUAUGAGAAUCAGAGAGCUAAAAAAUGCCAUGGAAUUAGUGGUUGGGGUUCCCACAGACUUCCAGAGAGUAUGCUACCUGGAUAAUGGGGCCAAUGUUAAGGGCCAGACUCCCCUGGGGCGCGGGGCCUGUCACGCGGCAGCCGCCCAGGGCCAGUUGCAGUCCAUCCAGGAGCUACUGGUGCGCAGUGCCCCACACCAACUGGAGGACGCCGAGGGCAUAACAGCUCUGAGAACCGCCACGCGCUGGGGCCAGAGGAAGAGCACCCGGCAGCUCUUCCUCUUCCACUGGCAGGAGUGUGCGCAGGGCGUGCACCUCAAGCCUCACCUGGACGAGACAGAGCUGUUCGCCCACCAGAAACAUGACUCCCAGCUACGCACCUGGCACCGCGGUGCCCACGCUCAGAGAUACAUGGCCCACCUGGGGCGCUGUAGCCGUGGGGUGGAGGGCAGGGUGGAAGUCAGGCAGCUGGGGCCGCCGCAGAACUCGUCCAUGAGGGCCCAGGCAAGGAGGGCGUGGAUGGGGGAGGCGUGACCAGAGCUGCAGGUCAAGAACAGGGGGGAUGGCCAAGAGCCUGGUCCUGGAGAGCCGUGUACACAGGUUUUUAUUCCAGCCCAGCACUAGUUAGUCAGACUAUGUUCAAUGCUCCUCUCCCAGUUUCAUUAAUUAGUUCCUCAAUUGCAAAUAUGGAACAAACUACAGUUAACAACCUUUCUGCAAUUCCUAGAUUAUUGUCCAAUCACCGUAUUGCGAAUACUACUCACAUGCAGAGAGGUAUUGUUAGUAGUAAUCUUGUCCCCAUAAAAUUGAGCUCUGUUAAUAGCUCGAAAAUGGUUUAUUGCUCAUCCAGUGCAGCUUCAGGUGCUACCUUGGAUACUCCAUCUGAUUUGAAUUCCCGUAGCAAUGGUAUUGGAAUAAUUCAUUUGAAUGCUAGAAGCCUGAUCCAAAAGUUGGACUUUAUUGAAAUUUUGGUCUCACAAUCAAAUGUUGACGUUCUGAUUGUAUCUGAAUCGUGGCUGUGUGAUUCUGUGCGAGAUUCAGAUGUUCAGUUGAUUGGAUACAAUAUUUAUAGAACUGAUAGAGUUGGUAGAGGUGGUGGUAUUGCGAUUUAUGUUAAAUGCUGCUUAAAUGUUUCUGUGUCCAUAUCAACCUCUGUCAACUUAUAUCACUCUGAGCUUUUAUCCACUUGCUGCUUUCUGGACCCGGUUUUAGCCCUUGCUUUUUUCUCUUCUAUUGUUACCUCUAUGUCUGAUAAACAUGCCCCGCUUAAGAAUCACAGAGUAAGAAACCGAACCAGUUCUUGGUUCUCUCCUGAAUUGUCAGGUCUUUUCCUGCAAAAGAAUCGGGCCUGGGCCUUGGCGAGGAAAACAGGUACUCCAGCUGAUUGGCUGUUUUUUAGGCAAUUGAGAAAUAAAUGUACUGCAGCUGUCAAAAAGGCAAAAUCAAAUUACUUCCUUAAUGCUAUGACAGAUUCUGCAGGAGAUCCUGCAAAAUUCUGGAAAACCGUUAAUUCACUGAAACGGGGGAAUUCUGCUGUUUCUCUUCCUAAGCAAAUUAUCUCAGACUUCUGUAUUCUAACUGAAAAAAAUGAUAUUUGUGAUGCUUUUAAUAAGCAUUUCAUCUCUGCUGGUUUUUUAUUUGAAAGGAAAAGUGGACUUUGUGGUACUGGCCAGUUAGUUGAUUCUUCGUCUU